GUAGUAGUCCGCCUAAGAAUCAGGCAGAUACCAAAUAAUGUUAGGAACAUGAAUUUGGUCAAUCUGAUGCAUUAUUUGUAUAUAAACAGUUAUUCUCAACCACUUUCAGCUGACAUAGUUAAAAAAGUGGUAUAUAUUAUAAUUUGUCUAUUUUAGCAUGUCAGAUUGUGCCCUAAUGCCUUUAAUAAUGUACUAUAAAAGUACUGAAAUAUAUAUUUUUCAUUGAAAAAAUACUUGAAAAAACAAAUGGGAAACCUUAAUAUCUUUACAAAUUAAGAAAAUAAAGUGUCAUAUUUUAUUAAAACAAUAAUUGUUUCUGUGUGUUUUUGUCUCAUUAGUACACAUAUUGUCCUUACAAAAAGACUGGACAAUGCUAAAAAUAGGUUAGAGUUAUCUCCCAUUACCCACAAUGCAAUAGAUUUCAACAAUGGCAGCCCCCAUGGGCUCCUGCUCAAUUGGAUUUUUUGCCUCAACAAAGUGUGGAAUAUCAUCACUGCACCCUUCACAUACAACUUUAUCAAGAUUAAAGGACUGCCAGAGGAAUAUCCAAGCUCAUUUGUUGAAAGUUGGAUUGAAUGCAGGUGUAACAGGAGUAGCAGACGUCACAUACGAGGGGGAACUUAUUUCAAAAAGAGUGGGUUUGUUCACUGUUGAGAGUGACUUCAGUGUUUGUCCAUAUCAUAGAGAUUUCCUUGGAAUAAACUGGAGACAAAAGGCUUUGUGCCAAUAUCCAAUUCAUGAGGGAAAGGCCAAGCCUUAUCGGAGCUUUACAACGGCCAUGAGCAGACGAAUGUUAGCCGACUUUGGUGUAUUUGUGCCCAUUGGCUCUGGAAUAUGCAGAAAAUGUAAUGGAGAAUACUUGAAAGCAUAUACAUCAUGUACAGAAAAAAAGGAUAUCAAUGGCAAUUGCAUGGAUAUAGAGAUUGAUGAUCCAAAUGAAGACAAACCUAAUGUUAAUAAAUUUUCAAAAUUAGUGGCUACAACAGAUGAUGAAGAUGAGCAUUGUAACUAUACACUUCGCACGAGAAAGACAAAUUCAUCUACCCUUGAUAAGGUCAAGGUUGUAUCAGUCCACUCAGAUCAAAGCUGA